AUGCGCCUCCCAGUCGCGUAUCUGCGACAGCCCUUCGCGUACCCCUCUCAGCAGGCUGGCCCGGUACUGCGGACAAGGUUAUGUCAUCCUCGGCGGGUCCGCGCUCUGAGUGGCCAGUCUGGCCCUCCUGCUCCCGGUAACGAGGCGCCUAACCCAGUCGACGAUGCUGCUGAGCGUCUGGAGGAGGAAGAAGCAGAAGCAGAGUCUGACAAACGAGAGGCCAAAAGAGCUGCCUGGCGUAGUACUGGCUGGAAAAUGUUCGAGGCCGCUGCCACGACGGGAGCGAGCAUCUUUAUCCUGGGCUGUGUGGGCAUUGGCUACACCAAGUACUACAAGUGGAACGUGCUCGAAAAGAUGGAAAAUGCUUUUCGUGAGGGCGAUCCUGUACUUGAUCUGGCCGCGACUAGCAAAGAGAUGCCCAAGACCGGUGCAGAACCCACGCGGCUUAACGUGACCAAAGGCAACAUUGAGGAUGAUGAUGAUGAAGAAGGCUACGAUCGAUGGAUCCCCCGUGAUGAGCAAGAAAGGAUUGACAAGAUUGUCUGGGGCCAGACCAAAGGACGCUACCAUCUGCUUAUUGGUGAAAAGGGCACGGGAAAGACGUCUAUGCUGAUUGAUGCCAUGGCCAAGAUUAACGGCGAAGGAUGCUCCAUGAUGGAAGCCCAUGCCGACCUUGAAGUCUUUCGUGUCCGGCUGGGUCGAUGUCUCGAUUUUGAAUAUCACGAGGACAACAUUGGCUCGCUCUUCUCCAUCCGUGGACCACGCGAUGCCGGCCCCAUCCUCGACAUUGAACGUGCCUUCAACAAGCUUGAAAAAGUAGCUCUCAGACGACGCGCAACCAUUGGGCGACCACUGAUCCUCAUUAUCAACUCUGCCCAUUUGAUUCGAGAUGACGAGGACGGCAGGGACCUCCUUGAGCUCAUUCAACAACGUGCAGAGCAAUGGGCUGCCUCUAAUCUUGCAACUGUCAUUAUCAACUCGGACAAAUAUUGGGUCUUUGAGCGACUGAAGCAAUAUGCCACGCGCAUGGAAGUCCACCAGAUCAAGGAUCUGACCAAAGACCGUGCUAUGCAAGCCCUGCGAAACUAUCGGAUGAAGUACUAUGGCGAGAAGGUGAAAGAAUCCAUCCUCGAGGAAAUCUACGACAAGAUUGGCGGUCGUCUAACCUUUCUCAACCGUGUCGCCAAAUCCGAAGACAUGAUUGCCAAGUGCGACAGCAUCUGUGAAAUGGAAAAAAUCUGGUUCCUAAACAACUGCGCCAUUCUCGGCGAGGAAAUGGACGACGAUGUCAUGGAUCAACAAAAAUACGCGUCCACCGCCAUGGUACUCGCCCACGCCCUCUACAAGCGCUACCACGAAAUGGACGCAAACUACGACCCAAAAGCCGGCCAUAUCCUGCCAUCGAUCCCCCUCCACCGCGCCCGCUACAUCAUGACGCGCUCCGACUUCAUCCGCCAACACCACGACCUCUCCAUCUUCUCCAUCGACUCGCACGCCGUCGUCCGCGCCGACUCCGUCCCCAUGCAACGCGCCUUUAACGAAAUCUGUGCCGAGCCCGGCUUCGAAAAGUUCCUAGAGGCCACCCUCGAUCGUAUCGCUGGUAUCGAGUCGCUUGGUCGUACUAAGGAACUUACGUUUAAGGAUCUAUGGGAUGGUGGCAAGUAUAAGAUUACGACUACGAAUACGAAGGGUGAGGUCCAAGGGCAGGUUGAGAUGGAGACUGUGAAGGGGAAGGAGGAUGACGAUGAUGAUGGUGAUGAUUAA